CGCUGUGUAUGCUGUGUCUGUGCUGUGAUGAGCUUUUCAUUGUUUCUUUAAUUGGUUGCACGGUUACUGGUCUUCUUUUCUUUUGCCUGUAGAUUCCCUUUUCUUCUCAAAGUAAAGUCUCACCCUUUGUUCUAUUGUGGAAGAUCCGUCUGGUUCGUUGCUUGCUGUUUCUUCUUCUUCAACCCUCUUGGAUGGACCAGUGGUAAAGGGUAUUUAAGGGUUUUCGUUUGUAUGUUUUUGGGUUUUUGGUUUGAGGAGUUGCAGAGGAAGAAACUUAUGGGGGCGAUCACGAAUUCGUCGAAUUCAGCGUCUUCGGAAGAAACCGACAGGAACCGUGGGAGUCAAGUUCUAUUGAAUAUCUAUGAUCUCACUCCUCUUAACAACUACAUUUACUGGUUCGGAUUGGGAAUCUUUCAUUCUGGGAUUGAAAUCCAUGGUAUGGAAUAUGGAUUUGGAGCCCAUGAUUUCCCAACCAGUGGUGUGUUCGAGGUGGAACCAAGGAACUGCCCAGGUUUUAUCUACAGAAGUUCCAUUUCGUUGGGUUAUAUAGACAUGCCUCCCUCUGAAUUACGCACAUUUAUGGAGGACGUUGCUUCAGAAUAUCAUGGGGACACAUACCAUCUUAUCUCUAAGAAUUGCAACCAUUUUACAGAUGACAUUUCCUGGAGAUUGACGGGCAGAGGGAUCCCUGGAUGGGUGAAUCGACUUGCUCGACUGGGUGCCAUGUGCAGUUGUCUGCUUCCUGAAAGCCUCCAAGUUUCCACAGUCAAACAGCUGCCUGAGUACCAUGUGUGUUCUGAAGAUGGGUCUGAAACUCUCUCAGCCACUACUCCUUGCGAGGCCACAGAAAGCGAUGAUGCAGAUCAAGACAAAUAUCUUCUUUCACAGUCAACUGGCAAUGGGGAUGUCGCUUUUAUCAGGGAAGUCCAAAGAUGAUAUGCAAUCGGUUAGAAACAAAAGCACUCACAUAUUAAAGGUGUGAUUUUGCUCUUUGUUGAGCAAGAUCACAGAGAUGGGAAAUUUCCACUUAGCUUAUCAGAAUCCCAUCUCACAUUUUUUGUUCCCAUUCCUUGUUUAUUAAUUCCUGCAGGCAUCUCCUUAUAUAGUUUCUUGUGUUUAUGUAAUUCAUCCAUUUUCAAUUAAUUGUUUUCCAGCAUUUUGAGAUCAGAAACCAAUGGGUUGCUGCAGAUGAAUUGGCAAAAUUGUUUUGCAUGUGACCAUUAUUGGUAAUGACAAGGUAUUAAUCCCAUGUAGUGAUGCUACAUUUAGAAGGAUGGAGGAUGGAGAAUGGACUAAUAUAGGUCGUUUUCUGCCUGUCAAAAUUAUAUCUAUAAAAGGUCUCUUUUGGUCA